ACAUCUUCAUGGUUAUUUGAUAUUCUAUCGGGGCAUGACUACUUCGAAGCGUUUCAUGACACCUACUACUCACAUAACACUAACCAGGAGACGGUGCAGAAACUCUCUCGUGCCUGUACUACCAAAUCAGACAAUAUAGUAUACCCACUGUCGCUGCUGCCUCAGAAAUCCAACCCUGUAUUCUCGGAUACCAACAUGAGUAAAAGCCCACAUGUAGCCAUUAUUGGUGCAGGUUUUUCUGGCCUGAGAUGUGCAGAUAUUCUUGUACAAAAUGGCGCGCGAGUGACAAUCUUUGAAGCCAGAAAUCGUGUCGGAGGGAGGGUUCACCAAAGCAAGGUUGGGGAUCAUUUAAUAGAUCUCGGCCCAAACUGGAUCCAUGGCACUGGUACAAAUCCAAUAGCGACCAUUGCAGAAACGACGAAGACGACCAUGGAAGAUUUCGAGGGAAAUCAAGCAUUCAUCUCUAUGGAUGGAAGCCCUAUUGACGACAACACAGCUACGAAAAUCUCGGAAUUCGUGUGGAUGACCAUUGACAAAGCAUUCAAGUACAGUAACGCUCAUAAAGAUUCUAUCCCACCGGAACGAAGUCUGUUCGACUUCUUCCUAGACCAAGUCGAGAAAGUAAACUUUACUCCGGAAGAGAAAAAAUGGUGUAUUGAGACCUGCAGACAAUGGGGAGCGUACGUCGGUGACCCAAUCGAAAGACAAAGUCUGAAGUUCUUUUGCCUGGAAGAAUGUAUAGAUGGCAACAACUACUUUGUAGCAUCCACGUACAAAGACAUACUCGCCCACGUCUCGAGGGCCGCCCUGCAGCACGCCGAUAUCCGAUUCAACCAACCAAUCACCAACAUCAACUCCAACGUGCAACCAGACCCAAAUGCACCUCACAAAACAACAUUAACAACCGCCACAGGCGAAACUCACACGUUCGAUGAAGUGGUAGUAACAUGUCCACUGGGAUGGCUAAAGCACAACAAAUCCGUAUUCACCCCAGAGCUCCCUGCCCGUCUCGUCCAAGCAAUCGACAACAUCUCCUACGGCCGCUUAGAAAAGGUUUACAUCACAUUCCCGCGGGCCUUCUGGCAUAAGGAUCCCAAUGACCUCACCACCAGUGGAGCCACAAGUUAUAGCGCCUAUGAGCGUCCAAUCUUCACUCAAUUCCUCGAUCCCACAUACACAAAAGGACCCGAGGGCAUCCUCUGGAACCAAGAAUGCCUAUCUCUAGCCGCUCUCCCCGCGGAUUGCGCUCAUCCAACUCUCCUCUUCUACACUUACGGGCCCUGUGCUACAUAUAUAGUAUCUAAAGUGGCCAACCUCGACCCCUCGUCUCAGGAAUACUACGAUUUCCUCGAUGACUUCCUCCGCCCAUUCUACUCCCGUCUGCAUGGGUAUUCAGAGUCAUCGCCCGAUUGUAAACCGCUCGCCGUAAUGGCAACCCAGUGGCAGAAUGAUCCCUACGCCGGGAAUGGGUCGUAUUGCAACUUUCAGGUUGGGCUCAGUGAGGGCGAUCGAGAUAUCGAGGUUCUGCGAGCGGGACUCGGGCCGCAUCGUGGGGUGUGGUUUGCUGGAGAGCAUACGGCGCCGUUCGUUGCGCUUGGGACGACGACUGGGGCGUACUGGAGUGGUGAGCGUGCUGCUGGACAAAUCUGCCAAUUAUAUGGUCUUGGUAAGUUGGGGCUAGGCUUGGAAAGGGAUGAUUCUUUACCUUCUGCCAGUGGGGAAAGGGUUGUGGCUUCCGUGGACGGAGAUGUUGAGAUAUAA